AUGGCUACUCCUGAAGAUUUAAAGAUUAAUGCUGAAUAUAUUCGUAUGGCUGAUCAAUAUAUCGAAGUACCUGUAUUUCGCCGAACGUACUUGUUUGGGCUGGCUGGGGACAUGCAUCCGAGAAUCCUAAUCAUUAGCGCAGACGAUCGUUCAUUAGGUAAUAAAAUAUCAUUGCUCAAUUUGCAAAUGUUCCUACGAGUACAAGGUCAUGUUAUUGUUUCCGAAAGUGUUUACGAAGAGGCAUGCAUCAAGGACGUUGAUGAUGGUUUAAAUAAAAAAAAUAUCCUAAAUGAUCAAAGCUUCAGAGGGUGGAGGAGAAAAAGAAUUAGAAAGUGGAAAAUCCAGAUAAUUAAGCAAGCAUUUGCUCAAGUUCAAGGUGAAGUUCCCGGUUCACCGAUUUUCAUCAUGCCACUUGCUCGAGAUGCUCGUAAUCUCGAAGUUCAAGUUUUAGCGGAUCGAUACGGAAAUGCGAUCCAUUAUUUAGAAGAGAUUGUUCGGUUCAAAGACGUCAUCAAAAGAUCAUUUAAGAGGCUCUCGUUACUAUUACAAAACAAGAGACAUUUGUAUCAAAGGAAAGGGCUGCUGUCUGAUUAG